AUGGCUUAUUAUUUCAAGCUUUUUAGUUCGCUCCCUCUUUGCUUUUCGGUCUUCUUCUUUGUUCUGGCAAGCUGCAGCUUGGCUCUCCAGGACCAGCCUCAGCAAAACCUGUGCCAGUUCGAGAGGCUCGACACACUGAAACCCGACAAUGUCGUUAGGUCGGAAGCUGGUCGGAUCGAGACAUGGGACCCCAACCAGAAGCAGUUACAGUGUGUUGGUGUCGCUCUAUUUCGUUGCGUCUUGGAACAACACGGCCUUAGGUUGCCUUCUUAUUCCAAUUCUCCUCAGCUCAUUUACAUCACAAGAGGCAGAGGAGUAGUUGGAAUGGUAAUACCUGGGUGUCGUAACACGUACGAGGAGUCCCGGAUCGUCAUCAGAAAAUCCGUCGUUUCAAACCAGAAAGAAGAAGUUCAUGCCAUUCAUCUUCUCCACACCACCAACCACCAAAAUCAGCUUGAUCCCACCCCCAGAAUAUUUUAUCUCGCGGGGAACCAAAAGCAAGAGUUUUCCCAAUAUCAGUCAGGAAGGCGGCAGCAGGAGCCGGAGGAGGAGGAGGAGGAAGGGGAAGAACAAAGAUGGCAUCCGAAAAGUGGUCGUGGUUGGAGGGAGCCAUCACGAGGUCGUCGAGAAGGAGAACAAGAGGGACAGGAACAAGAACAGCAAGGACGUGGCAACGUGAUCGGAGGGUUCGGAAGCGACAUGGUGAAGCACGCCUUCAACGCCGACGACGAUGAGACGGUAGAGAAUCUCCGAGGACAGGACGACCAGAGGGAGGGAAACAUUAUCAGAGUGGAAGGUGGUCUCAAGCUCAGCAUCUUCAAACCAACUGUCAGCGAACAACAAGGAGAAGAGGAAGAAGACCUUGAGGAUGAGCAGGGGGGUGGAAGCGAGAAUGGGUUGGAAGAGACACUGUGCAGCCUCAGACUGAAACAGAACAUCGGAAAAACCACAUCCCCAGACAUGUACCACCCACAAGCCGGCAGCCUCAGAACCGUCAAUAGCUUAGACCUCUCAGUUCUCAAGAUGAUGGGGCUUAGCGCUGAGUUCGGUUCCCUUCACAAUGGUGCGAUAUAUGUGCCACACUACACCUUGAACGCGCACAGCAUAGUGUGCGCAGUAGAGGGAAGAGCGAAUAUUCAGGUGGUGGAUAGCAAUGGGAACACGGUGAGCAACCAGGAGCUAAGUGCGGGGCAGGUGAUGGCGGUGCCGCAGAACUUUGCGGUGGCGAUUAGGUCGCAGAGCGAGCACUUCCUGUGGGUGGCAUUUAAGACCAACCACUUGGCCAUGGUAGCGACGUUGCCGGGGCAGAUACAGGCGUGGCCGGAAGAAGUGGUGGAGCGAGUGUACCGGCUGAGCGGGGGGCAAGCUAGAAACCUCAAGAACAACAGUCCCCUUCUGUUCUUGGUUCCGCCGCGACAGUCUACGAGAGCCGUGGCUUAG